UCUGGAGCGGCCGCGGCGCAUCCCGGGCCCGCAGCCGGAGGGUCCUGCCCCGGCACUGCCCGGGCCGGCAGCGAGACCCCCGGGAGGGGCAAGGAAGGCAGGAAAGAAGGAAAGAAGGAAGACGGAGAAGGGGCUGCGAGCGAGGGCGCGGCGCAGGUAUUGCCUAGCAGAAAACCAUGGGCAAUUUCAAAGGGCAUGCCCUCCCUGGAAGCUUUUUCCUUCUUUUUGGCUUGUGGUGGUCAGUGAAGUACCCACUGAAGUACGCCUGCAGAAAGAACAAGAACGUUUGCUACCUUGGUUCCAGGGCAGCAUUCCAGCGCCUGGAGUUUGUGGAGGGCAUCAUCAAAGCUGUCUUUGCCCUCAUUGGGAUGGUGGCUGAGCAGUUUGUUCCUGAUGGACCUCAUCUGAAGCUGUACAACUACGAGAAGAAGCACUGGGACCACUUGAUGAACUGGCAGCAUGCCACCAUGUACCUCUUCUAUGGAAUUUCAGGGCUGGUGGACAUCGUGGCUCACGGCACCAACGCUCUGCCAGCAGCCAUGGACAGGAUGAUGCUUUCCAUAGCAGUCUUCAUUGAAGGUUUUCUCUUCUGCUACCAUCUUCAUGGGAGAGCCAUGCUGGAUGUCCAUGUUCAUCAGUUACUGCUGUUUGCUAUCUUUGGAGCUGCUGCCUGCAUAUUUUUGGAAGUGUUUUUCCGUGGCAGUAUCGUGCUAGAGAUGCUCCGUACAAGCCUCUGCAUAUUACAGGGCAGCUGGUUCUGGCAGAUUGGCUUUGUGCUUUAUCCCCCAAAUGGAAGCCCAGAGUGGAAUCAGACAGAUCACACUAACAUGAUGUUCCUGACCAUGUGCUAUUGCUGGCAUUAUGCUUUUGCUUUUCUUAUACUUGCAGUGAAUUACACAAUUGUCAGCUGGGCAGUCCGUUCGAAGAUUAAGCAGUCCCAGUCCAUGGAAAUGGGUUUACUGAAAACAUCUGAACGAGAUCAUGAGUCAGAAGAAGAAAUUUAGCAUGAGUAUGUCUUGACCAGUUUACCCACUCCAACCAUUAGGCUAAUUGAUACCUCAUUUCUACAUUUUUUUGCCAUCUUAUUCAUUCUUUACUAUGACUUGCUUUGCAAAUAUCAAUCCCCUACGAUGUCUACAUCUACACAGUUGUUGGUUUUGGUUUUUUUUGUGAAGGGUAAGCUUGAUAUUGAUUCAUGGUGGUUGCACUAGUACAUUGCUUAUCACAUGCUUCACAGAAAAUCAGACUAGUAUUAGACAGACUUGAUGUGGAUGAGGUGACACAGGGAAGUCUGUAUGUUUGCCUUAUUAAAAGCUAAGCAAAAUGUUUUUCAGCCACUGCUGGACAUGAAGUUUCCAUAAUCAGGGUGUCUGAAUAUGUGUGUUGGUUGCCCUGCAAGUACCUGUGGAUAAAUAACUGUGCAGACCUGGAUAACAGUAGAACAAGAUAAAGAAACCACAGUCUUGCAGCUGUUCUGUGUAACAAUUCUGUGUCUCUACUUGUAGCUCUGUGUUAAACAGGAAGAACUUCUCACUGUGAACCCAUUGAGUGGUUCACUGAAGAAUGAGCAGAGACACCACCAAAGCUGGCAGGAGGACCAAAGAUGUGCAUGGUGAUCAAAACCCAGUGUGGUUGUUUGUGCUUGUGCCUAGCCAGUCCCGUCUCUUUGCUAUCCUUGGACUUUCCAAGGCAGUGGAAGUGACCCUGCCUUCCCUGGAACAAUUUCUUUUCCAGAAAGGCUGAGGGGUGUCCAGUCAGGCAGCACCUAAGUGCAAAACCAGUUUCUUUCCCCAAGCUAUUUCCUUUCCUCAGGUGGAAUUUGGUGGUUUUCUGCAGGAUUCACAGCAGACAUGUGAGCCACCACCUGAGUCAGGAGUGGGUAUUUCUGCUCUGUGGGCAGGAUGAGAUGGUUUUGCAUCCCUUUCCCUGUAUCACUCUUCAGCCACCAGGCAGCCUGCAUUGCUGCACACUGAGCUGUGGGAGGGCAGAUGUUGCCUUUUAGUAGCUCCAUACCCAGCUACUAAAUCCAGUGAGAGAAUUAAAAAAUAACACCACUUUUAAUUGCAUUUAUUUUCUCCAUACAAACUGAUUUAGUGAAAAGCAUAGUGUUCAAUGCCAAUGGCAGCAAAAUGAUUGCUUAAAAAAGCUAGCUAAUAAAAUAGUUUGUACCUCAAAGGGA